UAUUGUUCAUUAAGUCUGGUGAGGAGUUGGUGGACGGAGCUGGACUUGGUGUGCGGAAGCGGGUUUUACGUUUGUUUGUGUUGUGGACUGCUUCGAGCAGAGUCAUCGCGGGAGCACUUCGGAGCAGCUCUGCAGUUGCUGAGGAAGCACUGGCUCCAGGAGCAUCCAGAUUCAUCCUGAGUUAAUUGGCUUUGAACAGUCUUGACCAGAAGUUGCUAGGGGACACAUGGCUGGACAAGGACUGAACAUGGCAGAGCUGGACAUGGUGUUGGAGGGUCCGGUUAAAGUAGGUGAGUGGCAGAAGACUUACGCCUAUGAUUCAGGGAUCCAGACUGCCAGCCAUUCUCUGCAUGGUGUACCAGAUGAUGAUGAUUACACUCAGAAGUACACCACAUAUACCACAACGACCUAUACACAAAAUACCCUACCAGAAAUGGAUACCAAGUAUGCCAUGACCAGAGCUCAGAGAGUGAGAGCUGCCAUGUACCCAGAGACUCUAGAUGAAGGCACACAAAUACUUUCUACUCAGUUAGACCUAAGCCAGCAAACUAAUGUUCAGAGACUGGCCGAACCUUCCCAGAUGUUAAAAACUGCCAUCGUUCAUCUCAUCAAUUAUCAAGAUGAUGCUGAGCUGGCAACACGUGCCAUACCAGAACUGACCAAGCUGCUGAAUGAUGAGGACCAGGUGGUGGUCAACAAGGCAGCAAUGAUUGUUAAUCAGCUAGCACGGAAACAAGCUUCACGACAUGCUUUGAUGCAGUCCCCUCAGAUGGUGGCUGCUGUGGUACGCACCAUGCAGAACACUAGCGACAUGGAGACUUCUCGCUGCACUGCAAGCAUUCUUCACAACCUUUCCCAUCAUCGUGAGGGCCUCCUGUCAAUUUUCAAAUCGGGUGGCAUCCCUGCACUUGUGCGCAUGCUGAGUUCUCCAAUUGAAGCGGUGCUCUUCUAUGCUAUCACUACCCUACACAACCUGCUUUUACAUCAGGAGGGAGCAAAGAUGGCCGUUCGUUUGGCAGAUGGUCUCCAAAAGAUGGUACCUCUACUGAGGAAGAACAAUCCAAAAUUCCUUGCUAUCACCACAGACUGCCUGCAGCUGUUGUCUUUUGGCAACCAGGAAAGCAAGCUGAUCAUCCUGGCAAAUGGAGGCCCUGAAGGCCUGGUACAUAUCAUGCGCAACUCUGAUUAUGAAAAGCUUCUCUGGACAACUAGUAGAGUGCUGAAAGUGUUGUCUGUGUGCCCUAGCAACAAACCUGCCAUCGUUGAAGCUGGUGGCAUGCAGGCUCUUGGGAAACAUGUGACAGAUUCAAAGACCAGACUGCAACAGAACUGCCUGUGGACAAUGAGGAAUCUCUCUGAUGCCGCCACUAAACAGGACGGCCUGGAUAAUUUGCUUCAGAUGUUGGUUAAUCAACUGGAGAAGGGUGACUUGGAUGUUUUGACCUGUGCCACGGGCAUCCUUUCCAACUUGACCUGCAACAACAGUCGCAACAAAACCUUGGUUACCCAGUAUAAUGGAGUUGAGGCACUGAUUCACACCAUCUUGCGUGCUUCAUCAAAACAGGAUAUUGUUGAGCCAGCUGUUUGUGCCCUUCGACACCUAACCAGUCGCCAUCCUGAUGCUGAAAUUGCUCAAAAUGCUGUUCGCAUCCACUAUGGUAUCCCAGCCAUUGUCCAGCUCCUUCAGCAGCCAAAUUAUUGGCCAGUGAUCAAGGCAACCGUAGGACUGGUUCGCAACCUGGCAUUGUGUCCAUCUAACCAAACUCCACUCAGAGAGGCUGGAGCAAUAUCUUACAUUACUCAGCUGCUGGUCAAGUCCCACCAGGAUAUGAUGCGUCACACCACCACACAGCAGACAUACCAGGAUGGAGUGAGGAUGGAAGAGAUUGUAGAAGGCUCCACUGGUGCAUUACACAUCCUUGCUCGGGAUCCCACCAACCGUACUGCCACUGCCAGCCUAAAUACUAUUCCCCUUUUUGUGCAGCUCCUGUACUCUCCGAUUGAGAACGUGAAGAGGGUGGCUGCUGGGGUUCUUUGUGAGCUUUCUCUGGACAAAAAAGCGGCUGAAAUUAUUGAUAGUGAAGGUGCCUCGGCCCCACUAAUGGAGCUUCUGCAUUCCAGCAAUGAAGGCAUUGCUACCUAUGCUGCUGCUGUGCUUUUCCGCAUUUCUGAAGACAAGAAUUUGGACUACAAAAAGAGAGUAUCAGUAGAGCUGACCCACUCUCUGUUUAAACAUGAUCCUUCUGCUUGGGAAGCAGCUCACAAUAUGAAUGUGGAUCAUUAUCAGGAUGAAAUGGAUCCGGCAUACCCUGUCAACUAUGGCUACCCAGGUGACAUGGGUAUGGACCACCUAGACAAUAAUAUGCAUGACAUUGAAGAUGUAGACUUUGCACAAGAUGGGUAUGAUGGCCUGCACUAUCCAGACCACCGGAUGGCUUAAUCCUUAAUUCAGCAUUGAUUCAGAUUUUUUCUCUACAAACACAAAAGAACUAGAAGAGCUGCCUAGACCACUGAGGAAUUAGGCUUGCCAGAGAAGUGCCUGCCAGAAUAAGAAGCAGUUUUUGGGAACUAUUUAAAAAAAAAAAAAAAUUUUUUUGCGUUUCAUGAGAAUUUUAAUGCAGAUUAAGUAAUUUUCCUAUAUAUAAAUAUAAAUAUAUAUAUAUGGUUUAAACCUAUUUUUUUUUAUGGUUUUAAAAGCGUACAUCCUUAAAUGUAAUAAUCCAGUUUCAGUUCCAGCUAAUCUACAGUUUUGUUUUAGGAAAAUGUAUGCUACAUUUGUCUGUCCUCUUUAUAUUAAAAAAGGAACACCAUCUAUUUAAAAUUUGGCAUUGCCAUUUUAAAUUAUUUUUUAGCAGGUUCCAGCACCUGUAGACUGGGCGUGAGUGUCCGUAUGUAUGCGUGUGUGCGUGGGUGUGUGUUUUUUAAUCUGCCUUGUGGUGGAGGUGCUGGAUGUAUAACAUGGCCAUGUUUAUUAACAAGGGUGCAGCAUAGUUAGGCGUAGCUAGCACAAAGCAGGUCUGAGUUGGCACCAAGUCCAUUCAGCAGGCAAUGUGAGAUGACAGAUAUGUGCGGGAAGUGUUUGGAAAGGAAUUUGUGGUCUUGGUGUGACUUAAUCAGCCACUUCAAUCUUGCUGAUCACAGAUUUUUUUUUUUUUUGUUUAAAUAUAGAGCGAAAUUGCUGUCAUGGUUUCUAUUGAGGACAGAUCUUGGUGGUGUGCAUGGUUGACCUGGUAUUCCAAAGAGAUUUUUUUUAUUACACUGCAUUUUAUAUAUAAAAUUAAUUAUUCCAAAGUGUUUUGUUUUUGUUUAAUGCCAAUAAGAAAUUUUAAAUUACAAAGUGUACAGGUGUUUAAAAAAUAGACCAGUCAUGGCAGGAUUUUUCAAAAGAUAGGACUGUGAACUGGGAAGCUCUGAGGGAAGUGAAGUGCAGCUCUGAAACUCCUGUCUUGAGUAGAGUGUAUGCAGAUAUUCGUUGUACUUCCAGAUGAUACCUGAUCAUUUGUAAAUGACCAGUGUGUUCCAAGUUCUGCCCAUCCAGUAAAUUUCUGCCAUUCUCCCAUUGCUGCACAGAGAUUGUGCACCACCCAUCUCGCAGAGUUGGAUUGCUCCUGAUCUCUGCAGAUCUAGAGUGGUGCAUGGAGAGAAUAGUAUCUUUUGAAUUAUACAGACAAAUGGUGCUGGUUUUGAUCGGGCAUCAAUGAUUUACAAAGUUUAGAAACUGAACUGCUCAUCCAUUGGUUAAUUCAUUCGUUUUCCUCUGCUUCCCAUGAAGCGGAUACUGAAGAACUGUCCUUGAUACUGAUUGGUCUUUAGAGUUGGAUAUUUUUUUCUUUUUGCUUUUUAUGUGAGUUUUUUUUUUUCUUUUGUAUAGAUUGUUUGGGGAAUGGUUUUUCAAAAUUUGACAAUUUUAUUUUUUGGCGGGGGGAGGGGGGUCUCACUGUGAGACAGUGUGGGAUUGUUUAGAGGUGCAUCUUUAGAGAUGAUUUCUACUAAUUUACACACAGUUCUCUCCCAAACCCAUUCUCUCCUACUUUGAAAGGGUGAGAUUAGCUGCAAUAAUUUGAAACCUUGAGAAUGUUUUUUCAUUUGUAUAGAAAAACUGUAAAACAAAAAAAAAAAUAAUAAAAUUAACUGUCCUUGAACUGUCA